AGGCGCCAUGGCUUCUCUUGGAGGCCACGCCCGUUUUGCCACGCGGGCAACGAUCGCGGCGCCGUCGAGGCGCCGCCACGCGUCCGCACGGCUCGCGCAUCCCAUCCGGCGGCCCACGUCGCGGUCGUCCCGCGUCGCGAGACCCGGCCCUAACCCUCGAGGAAUGUGCGUUUCUCGUCUGGCCGCCGCCGCCUCGGACGACCGGGCCCCCGCCGCUGCCCAGGACGACGGACCGGACGUCGUCUUCGAGUUCGACGACUUCGAUGACGAUGAAACGUGGGACGUCAUCGAGUCCUUCGACGAGGACGAGCUGUACGAGCUCAACGCCAGCCGCAGCGACGCGGACGCCGACGAUACCUACUUCGACUCGUACUCGCACCUCGGCAUCCACCGCGAGAUGAUCGGCGACGCGGCGCGAACCGGCGCUUACCUGGACGCCAUCGAGGCGCACAGGCCGCAGAUUGAGGGUAAGGUGGUGUUGGACGUCGGUUGCGGCACCGGCAUACUGUCCAUGUUCGCGGCGAGGUGCGGCGCCAGGAAGGUGUACGCCGUGGACGCGUCCGGGAUCACUCGGCACACCCGGCGGCUGGUCAAGGACAACGGGUUCGACGGAACUAUCGAGGUCAUCAAGGGGAAGAUGGAGGACGUGGACAUCCCGGAAAAGGUUGACGUCAUCGUAAGCGAGUGGAUGGGGUACGCGCUGCUCUUCGAGAGCAUGCUGCCGUCCGUGGUGGACGCGCGGGAUCGGUACUUGGCGCCGGGCGGUUUGGUCCUGCCGAACGAAGCCGCCGUGAAGGUGGCGCUGUUGUCGGACCGGGACAGAUGGGACGGCGCGGUCACGUUCUGGGAGGACGUCUACGGCCUGGACUUCAGUGCGCUGAUACCCGCGGCCAAGCGCGACUGGCACGCGGAUCCCCCCGUCCAGACGGUGCCCGCGGACAAACUCGCGUCGGAACCCGUCGACGCCAUCGAACCCAUCGACUGUGCGACUGUCGAACUGGAGCGUUUGUACGAACCCAUCGCCGGGGACGUCCGCAUGGUGGCGUCGCGGACGUGCGACGUGCACGGCCUGGCGCUGUGGUUCGACGUGGACUUUUACGGGAAGGUGAAGCUGUCCACCGGCCCGGACGCUGACUCCACGCACUGGUAUCAGACGGUGCUCAUGUUCGACGAGCCCGUCGCGAUGCGCGAGGGCGACGCCCUGUGCGGGACGAUCGAGCUGGAGCCCGGGGCGAACCCCGGGGAGAGGCGGACGCUCAACGUGUACUUCAACUACGACGUCGUGGAGGGCGGGAAGGAGGAGGAGGAUGGGUUGGUGGAGCCGGACGACCGGGAACGGUUCCAACGGUGGACGGUGCAGUGAUGAGUGUUUUAGCGCGCCAGUCACAAUUUUUUUUUGAGCGGACUUGAGGUCAUCACUUG